AUGCUAGUUCUUCCACCCAUGUGUAUAACUGUAGAAAUGGUUAAUGCAUGGUUUGCUGAGAGAGUUCACACCAUCCCAGUCUGCAAGGAGGGAACCAAGUCCCAGAGUGAAUCCUGCACUUGUCACCAGCCGACCUGCGCUGAGACCACCAACUCUGGGGCGCCAGCAAGGAAAAUCUCUGCUUCUGAAUUUGACAGACCCUUAAGGCCUAUUUUUGUCAAGGACUCAGUAGGAGCAGUGAGCUUCCUCUCCGGCUCUGAAAAGAAGGAACAGAUGCCUCUGCAAUCUCCAAGGAUUGAGACCAGUGCAGGAGAUCAGUGCUCAAGACUGUUAGAACUUGUGAAAGAUAUUUCUAGUCAUUUAGAUGUCACAGCGCUUUGCCAUAAAAUUUUCCUACAUAUCCAUGAGCUUAUAGCAGCUGAUCGCUAUUCCCUGUUCUUGGUCUGUGAGGAUAGCUCUAAUGAGAAGUUCCUUGUAAGCAGGCUGUUUGAUGUGGCGGAAGGCUCCACCCUGGAAGAAGCUUCCAACAACUGCAUUCGCCUGGAGUGGAACAAGGGCAUUGUGGGUCAUGUAGCAGCUAUAGGCCAGCCUCUGAACAUCAAGAAUGCGUAUGAGGAUCCAAGAUUCAAUGCAGAAGUUGACCAGAUCACAGGGUAUAAGACUCAGAGUAUUCUCUGUAUGCCAAUAAAGAAUCACAGGGAAGAGGUUGUUGGCGUGGCUCAAGCAAUCAAUAAGAAAUCCGGAAUUGGUGGCACUUUCACUGAACAAGAUGAAAAGGAUUUUGCCGCGUAUUUGGCAUUUUGUGGAAUUGUUCUUCACAAUGCUCAAUUGUAUGAGACAUCUUUGCUUGAGAACAGGCGUAAUCAGGUGCUUCUUGAUCUUGCCAGCCUAAUUUUUGAAGAGCAGCAGUCUUUGGAAGUAAUUCUGAAGAAGAUAGCUGCCACUAUAAUAUCCUUCAUGCAAGUGCAGAAGUGUACCAUCUUCAUAGUGGAUGAAGAUUGUACUGAUUCAUUUUCUAGUGUGUUUCACAUGGAAUCUGAGGAAUUACAAGGUUCAGCUGAAAACCUGAAGAGGUAA